GAAUGACCUCUUAAAUUCUGCAAAGUACUGGUUAACAAAGGUGGACCAUCUUUUUACAGAUUUGUCAUUACAUUGGAAGAAAAAGAAAGCAGGCGACUUUUUCAGCAGAUCAUUUCUGCUGUUGAUUACUGUCACCGGCAUAUGGUUGUGCACAGAGAUCUGAAACCUGAAAAUGUACUUCUAGAUGCACACAUGAAUGCUAAAAUUGCUGAUUUUGGAUUGUCGAAUAUGAUGGCAGAUGGAGAAUUUCUGAGGACCAGUUGUGGAUCACCCAAUUAUGCUGCUCCAGAAGUAAUAUCAGGAAGAUUGUAUGCAGGGCCUGAAGUUGACAUCUGGAGCUGUGGGGUUAUUCUGUAUGCCUUAUUGUGUGGUACGCUUCCAUUCGAUGAUGAUCAUGUGCCAACACUGUUUAAGAAAAUAUGUGAUGGUAUUUUUUAUACACCUCAGUACCUGAACCCUCCUGUAAUCAACUUAUUAAAGCAUAUGCUACAAGUUGAUCCCAUGAAGAGGGCGACCAUAAAGGAGAUAAGGGAACAUGAGUGGUUUAAACAGAACCUUCCAAAAUACCUUUUUCCUGAGGACCCAGCAUAUAGUAACACAGUUAUUGAUGAUGAAGCAUUAAAGGAGGUGUGCGAAAAAUGUGAGUGUACAGAGGAGGAAGUUCUGAACUGUCUGUAUAACCGAAAGCAUCAGGAUCCUCUUGCAGUUGCUUAUCACCUCAUUUUAGACAAUAGGAGGAUCAUGAAUGAAGCUAAGGACUUUUACUUGGCUACAAGUCCUUCAGAGUCUUUCCUGGAUGAACAGCAUUUUGUUUCCAGGCCCCACCCUGAGCGAGUGCCAUUUUUGAUAGCUGAAAUGCCAAGGGGGCGCCACACAUUAGAUGAACUAAACCCCCAGAAGUCUAAACACCAAGGGGUAAGAAGAGCCAAGUGGCAUCUUGGAAUCCGAAGUCAAAGUCGACCAAAUGAUAUCAUGGCAGAGGUUUGUCGGGCAAUGAAGCAACUCGAUUAUGAAUGGAAGAUUGUAAAUCCUUACUAUCUUCGUGUUCGAAGAAAGAACCCUGUGACAGGAAUGUACUCCAAGAUGAGCCUUCAGCUAUAUCAGGUUGACAGCAGGACAUACUUGCUGGAUUUUCGUAGCAUAGAUGACGAAAUACAUGAAGCAAAAUCCGGAACUGCCACUCCACGUAGAUCUGGUUCUAUUGGUAACUAUCGAUCCUAUCAGAAGAAUGAAUCUGAUUCUGACUUGCAAGGACGGUCAUCUGAUGGGUCUUUGACCUCAUCUUUAACUUCCUCAUUUGACUCUUCCACAUCAGACCCACCUCCAAGGCCUGGCAGCCACACAAUUGAGUUCUUUGAAAUGUGUGCAAAUUUAAUUAAAAUACUUGCACGAUAAUUUUUUGCCUGAUUUGUAUACUGUACAAGCAAUAAGCAUACAAGAAGUCUCAGCCUAGAUCUUCCUCUUUUAAUUAAAAUGCAUAAAAAACAGUGAGGCAUGGAAAACGGCCAUAGCAUGCAAGUUAAUUUGUUGAACUGGAGAGGUCUUAUUUAAUAAUCCAGUUAUAUAAUGAUCCUUUAUUGCGAUUAUUAUUUAACCAUGUACUGUUGUAAAUAGAGCUCUUCAUUUCAUCCAAGCUGAAUUGGUCUAAGUGGACUGGAUUUAUCAUACUAAGUGCAUUUGUAUGUAUACCAGCCUCUGUAAACAUUUAUUUGACAUCCUUUUCAGUAUCUGUAGUAUGUGGGCUACAAUGUACAAAAGGGAACACAUUAUCAAGCAAUUUAAAACUGUUUUGUACAGUUGUCAUAUUUUAGGGUAUGUUGUCAUAUCUAAAAGUUAAAAAAAAAUAAUUUUUGAGCAUUUUUUUUAAAAUGAAAAUCUGGUUGACUCAUUCCAUUGCCUUAUGUUAAAUGGCUUAAUGCACAGAAGCACAGCUUUCAUCCAACAGUUAUUUUGUUUUGUAUUUUGUACUGUAUGCCUUCCUAUUUUAAGUAACCACAGUAGGUUACAUUUUAUAAUAUGCCAUGUAAAUAUGAACAGCACUUUUACUGCAAUGUCAAAUCUGUAUUUUCAUAACUUAAUAUAGGUUAAUAUUCUGUUUUUAAUUGACAUUAUUGCUGCUAAUAUCAUUUUGGUUUGAACUGAGACUUUUGUAAGUUAAGUUUAAUCAGUAAUUGUAUGUUGCAGCUAUGAACCAAGUGUAUGUAAACCCUGCCUGUUUUAAUGUACUGAUAUGGCAUAGUACUGGUUUUAUAUCAUAGAUUUUUUUUAAGAUUGCCAUUUAGAAAAAUUUUAUUCAAAUUCAUCUUGGAAUAAUUGUGUUCUAGUUUAUCUUACCUACGGCAUUGCACUUUUCUCCUUAAAACUUGGUAAAAGUGUUUUGCCUGCCAUUAUUUUUUGCCUUUUUCUAUAAACAGGGGUAAAAGUUUUUAAUCUCAAACUGUCCACCUAAUAACAUUUGAGUAAACAAAACUUGUUAAUCCAGCAAUGUUUUUAAAAGUGGCUGGUCAGCACACUUGCAGCCGUUGCACAAUAUGAUUUUAGCAUGCAGCAUGUUAAGUUCAUCAAACUGCUGCACUUGUUGAAUCUUCUGAUCCAUUUUGCAUGUUUGCACUUCACAAAUAUGUUACCAGUGGUAAACUUGAUGAAAAAUGUAAUAGUGUGCAGUUUAUUCUUUGAGCUUGUAAAAGAAUUAAUACUAUUGCAGCAGUAGUACAGUGCCAAAGGCUGUGAACAGUAAACAUGUGCAGAAGACUACAUGGUACCAGGCCAUAUUCUGGUAAUCUUUUUUUUUUUUUUUUUUCUGAAUUGGGAUAUGGGUAUGAGGUUAGCCAGGCUAGUGUCAUUUCUGUCAAUAGUGCUUUCCUGAAAGGAAUGAAAAGAUGCAGUAAUAAGUAUCUAGAAGAAGCAUGAUUAGAUGGGCAGAGCAACUGUAGGAAUAUUGAGUCAUCAUGUGUUAAGAUAUUGGGACCAGUCUUCUAUAUGAGGUGACUAUUUGUUUUGCUAACCAGAAAAGAAGCGUUGUUUUGUAGGAUUAUAGUUGGAAGCAUGGGCUUGGCAUAAAAAAUCAGUUUGCUCUGUGUAACCCCAUGUCUAUAAUUCAUAUUGAAUGGUAGCAGACUUGAACUUUCAGUUAUGUUCCUCUUUGGGCCGGCAUUAUUUAAGCCAGACUUAGCACUGCAGUGUGCUUUAAUUUUUCUGAUGUAUAAAAAGCAAUAAUAAAAACAGAGAGAGAAAA